AUGGCAGAAGCUCUUGCAAAUCUGCAAGCAGUUGAGAGAAGAAGAAGCUAUACAACAGAGUUGAGAUCCAUUGAAGAAACCAAUAGACGAGCUCCGGAUUCAAUGGUAAAGAUUAUGAACAAGAACAUUACGGUGGGUCAUCAUGAUAAAACAGAGUCGAUACAAAUAUCUCAGAAGAAAGGAGACGAAAAUGAGACGCAGAGUUCUAUCGUGACUAGGCCAGAGAAGAGGGCGAAAACUAUUCUGGAUUCAAGAGAAAGAUUCGAAGAUUUAGAGAAGAAUGUGGACAUUCCAGAGAAUCUUAGCCUUGAUGCUCAAGACAAUCUGCAGCAACAAAGCAACGAUGAAACAAAGACUCAUGAUCAACAAAACAUGGAGCCACAGAGAGGUGUUGAGAAGAAGGGGCGAGAUAUUCGUUUCAGACUUGAGCAGUUUUAUAAUCGACAACGGACGAAGAAGCAGCAGUUCCAGGCACAACAACAACAACAAGAGAUGGAACUCCAACAAGAACAAGAACCUACACAACAGCAACAGCAGCCGUUAGCUUCUCAUUUCCAUCUCUAUCCGCUGGUGGAGAAACUAGCAAAUGCGGUUGAAACUGGAACACGAGAUCAGAACUCUAAUGCCAUGGUGCUUGAACUUAGUGGCUAUUUCAACAAGAGCCAACAGAUGCUGAACUCGGUUUCAGAAGCCCUAGGACUUAAAACUAUGUAUGUUGAUGGGCAAAAGCGAAAACUAGGAGAGACUGAGAAGUUGCUUCAACAGAGAAGGGAGUUGAUUGUGGAAUACAGAAAAUCAAUUGAAGAUAUUUUGAAGAUAGCGCCUUAG